UUCCCGUGGACCAGUACCACUUCUACUUCGACAUCAGCGCGAUGGAGAGGGGCGAGCAGAUGCUGAAAGCCGAGUUCAGGGUCUUCAAGCUGAAGAGGGCACAUGUGUCUAGGUCUGAUGUGAAACACUUCUGCAAAGUGGAAGUGUAUGAGCUUUUGGAGAGUGGAAGUAAGCCACAAAAAAACCGUCUCAUUGCAUCAAGGUUAUUGUCCCUGUACACAGAAGGUUGGGAAGUAUUCAACGUCACACAGACAGUUUCCAAGUGGGUUGGAAACAGCAGCUCCAACCAUGGCUUUUUGAUAACUACAACACAUGUAUUCAACAAUAGAAUUGAGCACAACCUGGUUAAGUUUGCUAAGAGCCAGGGCGCUUUGCAGGAGAGUAGAAAUGCUCUCCUUGUCCUCUUCACCAACAGUAACAAACGGAGGUCUUUCAGCUUUGUACCCUCUUCCACAAAACCAGAGAUGAACACUGCCAAAAAUGAUGGUUCACACAUGCCUCGUGAAACUCAGAUCAUCGAAAGCAGCAAUGCAAGCAUGAGCAGGAGACCUCGAGCUGCUGCAGUCCCUUCUGCCAAAAGCCAGGUAACAGCAUGUCAUCGGAGGGAACUCUACGUUGACUUCCGUGCUAUUGGCUGGUCAGGAUGGAUUAUUUACCCAAGUGGAUACAAUGCAUUUUAUUGCAGAGGAUCCUGUCUCUUCCCUUUGGGGGAAAGUCUAAAUGCAACAAACCAUGCUACAGUUCAGUCCAUAGUCCAUACACUUAAACUGUCUCAAGAUGUCAGCACACCCUGCUGUGUGCCAGAUGAAUUGAAGUCCCUCAAUCUUCUCUACUUUGAUGACAAAGAGAAUGUGGUCCUUAAAAAUUAUAAAGACAUGGUGGCAACGAGGUGUGGUUGUCAUUAG